AACCAUUUUUCACAUUCGGUUUAAAUCUCUAGGUAUACCUUUUAAAAUUAUUUCAAUAGUAGAAAAAAAACUUUAAAAUGAAUUCAACAAUUUUCGUGAUAUUCGUAGUGAUUUGUGUUGUUGUAAGCAUGCCUUUGGAGCAAACUAAAAUCGAUCCUUCGUUCGAGUUGGUUCAAGAGCACAGUAUUUCCAAAAGGUUCAUAAAUCCAUCGAUGACUUCGGGCGGGUUCACAAGCAAUGAUUUUUCUAAAAUCAGAACUAAAAGAAAUUUGGAAGAAGAAUGCGAGAAGUUAGAGCUUUGCAAGCUGCACGCUCGCUCCAAUCGGAGUUUCAUAGCAGCGUUUCAAUUAUAUUUUGUGAAUAAGGAGAACGCUCGCCUGUGGGACCAUCAUACACACACGUCCGCGGACUGCAACCGGCGCUACAGCUGUUAUAGAUAAUCUACCACUAAAACCAAUAGUUUUGUCAAAAUCUACCCAGCAUUUACAAAAAACAAUAUAAACUGAUUAUUUAGGUAAAAUA